UGCGGGAUGCGUCAUAACCGUUAGUGACUUCGAAACUGUGCCUAAUGGUGUUGGGCGUGUGUUUUAGGCCUCAAAUUAUCAAUUAUUAUCAUAUUAUCACAGUCAUAACACAGACGUAUUUUUGACAUUUUUGACAUUAUUUUCGUCUUUCUAAAUGAUAUAGCACGAUGAAGGGCUGGUUAUUCAUAUUCCCUCUCGUAACCUGUCUUAUAUGGCAUGUUGCUGGUCAGAAUACGAGUGAUUGCCAAAUUCCGCUGGUCAUCAGGGGAUCUUGGUUCUCCUGGGAAAACGGCAGAAAUACUCUGACGGAAAUAAAUGCCAACAGUAUGACUGGACGAGGCAUAUGCGUCAACGUGUUAGAGGAAUAUCAUGUUAAUUACACAUUUGUAUUUCGAGAUUCUAACACUCCAAUCAAGUAUGACAGCUGUUAUCAUUGCGUGAAACUGAUUGUCAGGACAGUAAACGUCUUGGAGAAGCUCGAAGUGAGCUGUGUGAAUUUGCCCAGUGGGAUAGAACCUACCGUGGAUAACGUUUGUAAAGGUUUAAACGCGAAUCAGCAAUUGAUAACAUUAUUCUCUGAGAAUUACGUGCCUGUGAAUUGCAGAUCUUCCCUGGAAGGAGUUUGGCAGUUUGCUUAUCAAAAUCGCUUUAGAUUUACAGGAGAAUGUAAUAAUCCAGAUGCGCAAAUAAAAUCCUGUCAGACUGCCGGAACUCAGUUUCUUAUAACCAAUCAAAAAUUUAACAUUACUUACAAGAAAUGUCCCGGAAUGAAAGGAACCUUUGAUGGAUUGGUGGAAUACAGCUGCUUGGGCGAUUGGUUCGUCGACAAGAAUCACUUCUUUGCGGUAGCAAAUACGAAGGAGUCGCGGAAGGACGAGAAGUAUAGAUGCUUCUUAAAGAAUCGCGACGACGAUUUGUACAUCGGUGUUUCAAUCACCGCGGAAUGUAAUACUCUUAAAACCGUGGAAAAGAGCCCGGAACGUUUGCGGGUCACGCCGGUUAAGGCCGAGAUAGUUGAGCCUGGUUGCCGAUUGCCCGAGGACAUGUCUGGAAAUUGGAUAAACACUGCUAACAUUGACGCGGACAUUUUCAUUAACGAAACGCAUAUCAUCGAAACCUGGUAUCCGGACGUGGGACGUUAUCGACGAACAAUUUACGUUUGUCGCGAACAAAGAGACUCGAGGGUUAUGAUGGCGAGACUGACCGUUGAUGGAUGCCAAAAAGAUUACGUUUGUUUCGAUUUCGUGCGACGACAUCACAAUGUUAUCCGAUACAGACGUGGAAUGGCUGUGAUAAAAGACGAUUUCCAUACAGUGUGUUCUUGGGUCCAGUUUCCCAACAAGGAAGCAUGGAAAUUUGAUCUGUUUUUAGCGAAAAAUCCCGUUCCGGUACGCUGCCCGAUAGCCGGUAAAUAUAUGUUCCACCAAAAAGGAGAUGUUCUAUUUGAGACUAGGAUUCUAGGCGGUGUCACUAAAUCUCCGCGACCAAAUAUUUACUGCAAACAAAAUAUUUCCGACUUCUCGGUCUGUAAUACCGAUCAGAAGGAGAUCGCCAUCGACGAAACGUACUGCUUAUCUGUGGAUCACUUGGGAAAACCGGUUGACAUUUACAGCGAUCCGGAUUACGUAAUGAAAUGUAUUGGAUAUUGGAAGGAAAAUUUAAAGUCGUAUCUAAUAACGUACGACGAAUUGGAUCCUUUCAGCAAAUAUCGUUGUUGGGUAUAUCAGAGGGCCGACUUGAACAGAGUGCUCUUGUCUCAGGCCAUCGGCCCAUUUUGCGACCUCAAGCAAGACGUGACGAGUAAAAAUUAUACCGAAGGCGCAGCAGUCGCGCUAGAGUUACAGGAAUACGAGCGAGAACGCGAUCAGUGUCCGAUGCAUUUUGAUGACGGGAGCAAUCCUUGGGUGCAAACGGAGAACUAUGUCAACGUCUUCCGUUUUGGUAACGCCGGCAACACGAACAGCCACUUUUCGUUCUUGGUCGUCAUACCAUUGGUAGUGGUACUUUAUUUUAAAGAGGUGUAAAUAAUUCUUUGCACGGGAGUGAAAAACCGUCCAUUAAUUCUCUCGAUGCUGCGAUAAAGAUUUAAGAUAACUAUUUAAGAAAUAUCAGCAUAUAUGAGCUCGUAAGCGAUUCUCACACGUAUGUUCCGUCCAUAUUGUAACUAUGUGCCUUUAACACUAUUCGCAUUUAAUUUUACGUAAGUAGACAAUGCAUAAUUAGUAAGAUAUCUUGAUAUAUCGAAAGUCCGUCCACGACGUACGAAGAAUCUCUUACAUAAUAUGGGUGCAUUCUGCUUCAUACGCUUGUUUUAUUAUAUACGUGAAUCUAAACAUCUAUGGACACAUAGAUCAAUUCCAAACAGAAUUAUUUUAACUGUUUUAUAUUUAAAUUUUUUAAAUAUCUUUACUGCCUGAUAGAAAAAUAUAUUUUAAAAUUAUAUAUGUACAUGACGAGAACAAAGUAGAAUGCACCCAAAGAUUUUACUAAUGUACGACAUUAAGAAUAUUUUGUAUGACUUAUAAAACAAGUACUUCUUAUAUUUUACAUUAAUAACUUUUUUACAUAUUUAUGAUACGAUGUUCAGAGAACGACAGAAUUUAUUUAACCCUUAAACAAUUGCAUUAAAGUUACACAAAUGCAAUAUUAUCUUUCCUCAUAGAAUCUCUCUUAAAAAUCUAUUGAAGAUUUUUACAUUUAGGUUAAUUUUUUUCAUUUUUUUAUAAAACAAAAACAGGAAAGAAUACAAAAAGAAAGAAAAUCAUUUGAAAGUAGGGAUUAAAAUAAUGCCAUGAUUACGUGUGUAAACUGUGUAAAGUGUUCAUACCUUCAGAUUAAAUUAAGACUAAUUGUUUACAUUAUAUAUAUAUACACCUAUAUAAAUAAAUUUGUUAAGAUACA